AUGGCGCUGGACAGAAUAGAACCCAACAGAACGCAGCAGAACCUAACAAAACGCAACAGAACCCAACAGAACGCAACAGAACCCAACAAAACGCAACAGAACCCAACAGAACGCAACAGAACCCAACAAAACGCAACAGAACUCAACAAAACGCAACAGAACCUAACAAAACGCAACAGAACCCAACAGAACGCAACAGAACCCACAAAACGCAACAGAAGCAGCAUACCUAACAAACGCAAACAGAACACAAAGAAACGCAAGACAGAGCCCAACAGAACGCAACAGAACCCAACAGAACGCAACAGAACCCAACAAAACGCAACAGAACUCAACAAAACGCAACAGAACGCAGCAGAACCUAACAAAACGCAACAGAACCCAACAGAACGCAACAGAACCCAACAGAACGCAACAGAACCCAACAGAACGCAACAGAACCCAACAGAACCCAAUGGAACCCAGUCAGUUCAGUCGAUCGAUCAAACGGACAGAAAUCUUCGUGCGUUCAGUCGACACUUUAAUUCAUUAUCAGGGAGCGUGACAUCAGCCUCCGUUUUCAGCAUAAACCAAGAACACGAACCAAGAACACAAACCAAGAACACGAACCAAGAACACAAACCAAGAACACAAACCAAGAACACGAACCAAGAGCAUAAACCAAGAACACGAACCAAGAACAUGAACCAAGAGCAUCCUACAAGAGCCUUACGCCCCUUGUGCCGCGGGGAAAUGGACAGUCUGGACUCUUAG